UGCACUAACAAAACUAUUUUAUCAGUUUAAAUUUAAACUAGAACGCUCAAAUUGACUUACAUUUUAGAAGCAUGUAGUGAGAUAUUGAUGACACUGUUAGGUUUUAGUGUUCGAUAAAAUUAUAGUGGAAAUAUACCUUGACAUUCUGUGGAUGAGUGAAGGGAGGAGCCAUUGUUGAAAAUGUUCUGGAGCUGUUGAGGAUAAAUAUGCGGAGAUGGCUGGCGGGUGGUUGAGGGUCGUUCAGAAAGUUUUCAUGGCCAUUUUCAGCCUUACUCAUGCCAUCAACAGUCUUGGAAAUGGAGUUGUUCUUCCAAAAGAUCCUUACAUUUACAUCGGGAACAUCCUCACGCUCAUGUGUAACCUUACUACUUACGAGCCUGGGGAUUACGACUCGCAAAAUCUGUUUUUCUCGCGGAGAAACGACGAAAUAAUCGCCUCAACAUACAUCACCAUAGAGUCAACGAGAUCCAUUGUUCUACGAUACCCGAUAAGAUCAAGCGAAGAUGGCGGAAAUUACUUGUGCAAACUUAACCGGAGAAAUAAUCGUCCAGAGAUUAUUGGAAACCAGUUUGUCGUUGUUGAAUAUGAGCCUCAGCCGGUGACGGAUGUGAACUGUCGUGUGUACAACUGGCAGAACAUGACGUGUACGUGGGACCUUGGCGUGAAAUAUGUGCACCCCGACACCAUUGAUGUCUCUCUCAUCUGGACAAUUGACUCCACACAGUCUGUCUGUCCACACCCGACAAAGACAUCGUGUUCAUGGUGGGAAGUUGACGAGGAAAACUCCUUCAUGAGUGACCUCCCUUACUACAUGGGCGUCAUUGUGACGAAUAAGCGUACAGGCAUCCGGUACCCAGAAAGCGUCCCUGGACAAUCUGUGGACACAAACAGAAUUGUCGAACCCACGCCUGUACAAGAUCUCGCUGCAGAAAAGAACACAACAUGUAUAAUGUUGUCAUGGAAGCACAGGAAGAUUAGACGCGACAAAGUUUACAAGCUCGACUUCAAAUCAGAACACGAUAUGUACUGGCAGAAAGAAGCUUUCCCAAAUGAGUACUCAGCAUUACUUAGUGAAAAACCUGUACCAAGCAGAAGCAAAGUUGUGUCUCUAAAUGCAGUGCUAGAUGAAAAUGGGUGUGAGGAAAUACGUGAAGUUGAAAAAGAUUGCCGAAAAUGCAGAUUACUGAAAUCAAGAACAAGUCAGCAAAUUAUGGCCCCAUUGCCAAAACAAAGGACAGAAAAGACAUUAAGAGCAUUUGCAUACACCUCCGUGGACUAUGGUGGGCCAUUCCUCACAAAAGAAGAGUUCCAAUCCACAGUCCUGACACCCAAUCACUUCCUACAUGGACAGUUAGGUGAGUUUGCACCUGAAGAAGCAGAGGACAUCGUAUAUGAUCACAAGAAAAGAUGGCACCGAGUACAAGAAAUAGUCAACCAUUUCUGGAAACGAUGGUUUAAAGAGAUUCUUCCAGCCAUUGGCAGCCGGAAGAAGUGGUUCCAAGAGAAAGACAACUUGUCAGUAGGAGACGAUGUGUUAAUCGUGGAUCCUGAUCAACCUCGUGGUUGUUGGCGUCUUGGUCGAGUCGGUGAUACCUACCCCGAGGUCAAUGGACGAGUUCGUGUGGCAAGUGUUCGAGUUGGAGAAUCGAUCAACGAGAGACCCAUCACACCUUUGUGUCCCAUAGAAAAAUGUGCAUAA